GCAAAAUGCGCAGGACGCGAAUUAGUCAGUCGUCAACAUGGCGUUGAACAGUGCGCAUGCAGGGAAGGGCGUUCUUAUUUACGCUGGAGAAUGCAUCAUCCUCUUCUGCGACCAUGUGUCGAUGGAGUUUGGAGGCAACCUUCCCCCUGAGAUGAAGGGCUCCAAGACUGGCCGGCUGUACCUCACCACACACCGCAUCAUCUUCAACAACAAGGACGGCAAGGACAAGCUCCAGUCGUUCGCGUCGCCCUUCUUUUCGCUCAAGGGAGUUGAGUUGGAGCAGCCAGUGUUCGGAGCCAACUACAUCAAAGGGACGGUGCAGGCGCAACCCCACGGAGGCUGGACAGGGGAGGCCAAGUUCAAGCUGACCUUCAAGCACGGGGGAGCCAUUGAAUUUGGCCAGGCCAUGCUCAAGGUUGCCUCUCUCGCCACUCGCAACAUGGACUCCAGCUUCCGAGAUGCCCCACCACCAUACACCCCCCCAUCAGCUCCAUGGGCACAGGCUCCUCCCCCAGCUUAUGCCCCACCCACAGGAGGCUAUGCAGGAUGGGUGCCUCCUACUGCCACCUUCCCUGAUCGACCGCCAGCGGAUGGUGUUUUCAUGUAUGAGGCACCCCCUCCCUACCCUGGGUUGAGUGGCCACAAUGGUUACAAUGGGGCUGUUGGAUUCACUACUUCAGCUGCAGAUGCCAAGGCCCAGGAAGCAGCGCAGAGUGCUUACUACGACCCUAACAACCCACAAUAUGCUUAUGUGCCCCCACCUGCAUAUUCUGAGUCGCCCCCCUCCUACGAUGCAGCGACCAAGAAGUCCCAAUGAAGCAACACACUACUGCUUCUCUCCUCCCCAACCCCCUUUUCUCCAGCUCCCCACCACUUCACACUGGCACCUCGGCAUGGUCAUGAAAUCGCGACCUGAAACCACUUUUCUCUCGUUGACGUGGCAUGCUUGGGAUUCAAAGGAUUUUCUGUUGCUUUAGGGUUCGGCAUUCUUUUUGAAAAUUUAUUAAUUAGUUUUUUAUUAAUGAAAGUUGAAUACAGCUCCGACCAUUGUAUUUUUUAUUAUUAUUUUUUUAUCAUUGUCUUAUUAUCAUUAUCUUUUUUUUCUGUCUUUCUUUCUUUAUGAAGUUAGUGGACUGGGGUAAGUUGGAGGGGGCAGAGUUGUUCCUCCCUGUGUAUAUUAUCCACCUGUAGAGUUGCAUCUUAGGCAUGUUUCUGUAUUUAAAGCCCAGAUGAAGUCUGUUCACCUGGUUGUUCCACAGUAAUCAGAAAUGAAGGUAUUGCAAAGAUCCUGUGUGGUUGAAAUAGGUUGUAAUUGGUAUGAAAUAUUGGCAUAUGGUUGUGGUGUUGAUUCAGGAUAAAUUAUUGUAUGAUGUUGUUGAGUGUGGGUGGCUCCAGUUGAGAAUUUGCAGGAGUCGAGAAAUGUAGAGGUAAAAGUCUGAUGUGGAGAGGUCUUCAAUUUUACUAUUGUAUAGAGAAGUUUAUCGAGAUGUUAUGAGAGAUAUAUUUAGAUUUAUCAUUCAUAUUGCAUUAGGAAUUAUUUAGUGUUGACAAGUGCAAAGCCAGAUGGUUAUCAUCUUGAUGUUUCAAGCCUUAAGAGAAGAAAUUUUAAAGAUUGAAGAAUAUAAACUCUUUGAUAUUUAUAUAUUUUUUGUGACAAGCAUAUUUCACCAUGAAGUGAAAGUUUGUCUUUCAUUUUUUCUUUAUUUUUUUUCCUCAAGCAGGGACUUCUGAUGCUCAGUUAGCCCUAAAUUAAAAUCAGCUUGGUUGAAAAAUCGAAAAUCGUAAAAAUGUCUUACAGGGGGAGAUUACCUUGAGGAUGUACUAGGAGGUUCACAAAUAAUCUAGUAGUAUGAAAAGUCAUGAAGAAUAAGAAGCAUUAGAUACAGUGCUUAGGUUAGGAAAACUUGCAUUCCCUGUGUCAUUCAUUUUCCCAUAAUCCAAUCAUAAUCAUGGACAUAUAUGUGGAUGAAUGUAGGGGGUGGCAUGCAAAUUCUUUAGAAACUGCACAUGUGUUUAGAGUGCUAUGGACAUCAGCAUUCACAUAUACAUGCAUUAGUCCUUCCUUUAAGAUUGUUUGGUGGUUGAGAUCAUAGAAAAUUGGCUCUCACUUUCAUAUUAUAAUCCCUCUUUUUGUAAUUAAUCUUUGUAGGUUAUUUAACAUGGUACCUGUGCAUGGUUCUUUUUUUGUGGUUGUUGACACGCAUUUAGACAGAAAAGUCAGGCAACUCUGUUCUUAAGUUCUAGGAUGCAUCACUCGUAGUAAGAAAUAAGAGCAUGGUUGUAUGUUAUAGCAGGUGCUGUAAUCAGGUUGAAUUUUUAACUUUCUUGAUCUUCUUUUCCAAGCAAUUUUCUCUCAUGAUUCUACAGAGGUGUUAUUUUAUGGAUAGAUCCUUUAUUAACCAUUGUUCUUGCUUAGGAGUCUGUGUUAAUAUCCUGUGGGUUAAGAAAAUAUCACAUGGCAGGUAUUUUCAACUAUUUUUUCCUUGCCCUUUGUUAUAUUUGUGCAUAGUAUCCACUCUCUUGUUUUGUAUAUCAUCAUCUGCAGUUGUCUGAUAAAAAGGUUGUUUAUGGAAAAGGUUCAAGAUUGAUUAUCUUAUUUUUUUCCCUAAAAUAAUGUCAGGGAUUCCAUGUGAUAAUGUAGAGCCCUAAGAACCCCUUUUUAAGUUUAAUAAGAAAAGAGCAGAGAGGAAAUGCCCAUAUUGCAUUACUUAAAAUUUGUUAAGCCAUUGUUUCCUUUUUUAUAUAUAUAUUUGUUUAAAGUGUAUUAAUCAUUGUUAUAGUAUUUUUCUGUGUUUUGAGAGGUUUAGUAGAACCAUUUUUGCCUAAUUCGAAGCUUUUUUCCUCUAUUUUUACAAAAACAGCGAUGACAAGUGGCAGUUCAUGAAGUUAGUAUCUCUAUUCUAUCUUUGAUACUUUUUUUUUUUUUUUUUUCCUUCUUUUUUGCUUCCUUUGAUAAGUCUCAGAUGUAAUAUUUUGUUGUGAAUGGAAUGCCAAAAUUAUAAUUAUUCAUGUGUACUGGGUAGGUAGUGGAAUUUUAUUUUAUGAUUAAAAAUCAUGUAUAUUUUCUGAUUCAUACAUAUAUAUGUAUAUCCAAUAAAUGUAUAAUAACCA